AUGCCGCCAAUCCCCCACCCCGGGGUUAGAUUCAGCCGAAGUAUAGGAAAGUAUUUCGAAAGUUUUACAAUCAAAGCUCACCACCACGAAAAAAACUGCGAUCAAAAAAGCAAGGCAGCUUGAAUCGAGUCUCAUCGCGAAUCACGUUUGAUGUGCCCUGCUUUAUUGCUCUUACAUAGGCUUUUAUUUUUUAUCGCUUUUUUCAAAUCUUGUAAAUGGAUUUCUAUGAAAAGCAGGGAAAAAUUCCUUCUUUCACUGCUUUUCUGUAGCAUUUUAUCAAAUGAAAAAUUUUAAAGCUUAUAAAAACUGUUCACGAUCAGUUUGUUGUUUCAUAGCCCAUUUAAGUGGUAACUUCGGAAGUUCAUGGUUAAGGUUGACCUCGAGUCACGUGCGAAAAGUUUAGUGGCUACUUAAGGGUUCUGAAUUUUAAUGGUCACUAUAGUGGUCGAAUCAGUAGCUGGCUAAAAUUCAGUGGCCACUUUAGGAGUCUGAGGGUACUACUAGACCACUAGAAACUACUUCAGUGCCCACUAAAAAAGCUCACCACCACGAAAAAAACUGCAAUCAAAAAAGCAAGGCAGCUUGAAUCGAGUCUCAUCGCGAAUCACGUUUGAUGUGCCCUGCUUUAUUUUUCUUACAUAGGCGUUUUUUUUAUCCCUUUCUUCAAAAAUUGCGAACGAAUUUCUAUGAAAAGCAGGGAACUAUCAUUUUCUUCUUCCCUUUUAUUAAGCAUUUUAUCAAACGGAAAAUUUUGCUUUAUAAAAACUGUUCUCUGGUAUCCUGUAAGAAGUCAAGUACGCCAUCAGGAAGCUGAAGGUCGGAACGGCCGUAGGACCCGACAACAUCUCGUCCGAACUGCUGAAGGCUGGAGGAGACUCGCUGUACCGACUACUUGCCCGGCACUUCUCUAAGUACCUGAGCGAAGCCUCUAUUCCGGAACAAUGGAAAACGUCCAAGACGAUCCUCAUUCCGAAGAAGGGCGACCUCACCGACCUGAACAACUUCAGACCGAUCUCCCUCUUAUCGGUCGUCUACAAGUUGUUCACCAAGGUCAUCGUCAACAGACUAGAGAAGCAACUCGAAAACUUCCAACUUUGCAGGUGGGCUUCCGACGCAACUACUCUUGCCUCGACCACAUCCACGCCUUGACCCAGGUAGUAGAACGGCACCGGGAGCACCAGAUGCCAUUUGCGUUGGCCUUCGUCGACUACUACAAGGCCUUCGAUAGCGUGGAGAUCAACGCCGUCUUGAAUGCUCUUGUCUCCGCCGGAGUCGCCACAAAGUACGUCGAGCUGAUCGCCAACAGCAACGAGGGAACGUCCACGACCAUCCAGCUGUUCGACAAGAAGCUCUCGAUCCCCAUCAGGAAAGGUGUUCGCCAGGGAGAUACCAUCUCCCCCAAGUUGUUCUCCACGGCACUAGAAGACGCGAUGCGCCAACUUAGAUGGGACGAAGAGCACGACUGGGAAGACAGUACAGACAUCAGAGGCAUCAACAUCGACGGCAAGGUCCUCACAAACCUUCGCUUCGCCGACGACAUCGUACUCUUCUCCAGCUCCACCACCGAACUGUCCUCCAUGCUAAACGAUCUGGACGAAGUCGGCAAGAAGAUCGGCCUCAAGAUGAACGUCAAGAAGACGCAGUGGAUGGAGAACCGCUUCUGCGACCAAGGCAAAGUCACCCUUGAGGGCCGCGACCUUCUACAUCUACAGUACCGCUCAAAAGUCUAUUAA